GAAAAUCCCUGUAUCCUACCGGCAGCAUGAGAAGGAUCAGAGCCAAUGCCAUCGCCAUCCUGACAGUAGCAUGGAUCCUGGGCACGUUCUAUUACCUAUGGCAAGACAGCAAGCCCCACGCUGCAGCAUCCAGCAAGUCUCCGAGCAGGAGCCGAGCAGCUGGGAGACAGCAGGAGGUGCACAGAGAGGACAGGACCAGCCCUGAGGCUGUGACCUUGGCCUUCCAGACAGAAAAGGGAAAGCUGAACGGCUUUGAUGAAAAGUCUUAUCUGUCCUCAAAGUUCAUCAAGGCUGGAGAGGAUCCAUAUCGGCAACAUGCUUUCAACCAACUUGAAAGUGACAAGCUGAGCAGUGAGAGGCCCAUCCGGGAUACCAGACACUACAGGUGCACUUCAGUUCACUAUGAUAAUGACUUGCCCUCAACCAGUGUCAUCAUCACCUUCCACAACGAGGCUCGCUCUACCCUUCUCCGAACCAUCAAAAGCGUUCUCAUCCGAAGCCCAGGAAAUCUGAUACAAGAGAUUAUUUUGGUGGAUGACUUCAGCACAGACCCUGAUGACUGCCAGCUCCUCACCAAAAUCCCAAAGGUCAAGUGUCUCCGAAACAACCGCAGAGAAGGUCUCAUACGAUCACGGGUUCGUGGAGCAGAAUUGGCUGCAGCGCCAGUCCUCACCUUCUUGGACAGCCAUUGUGAGGUCAAUAAUGAAUGGCUUCAGCCUCUUCUUCAGAGGGUCAAGGAUGAUCACACACGUGUGGUGAGCCCAAUAAUUGAUGUCAUCAGCCUUGAUAACUUUGCUUACCUGGCAGCCUCUGCUGAUCUCCGGGGUGGAUUUGACUGGAGUCUUCAUUUUAAGUGGGAACAAAUACCUAUAGAGCAGAAGAUGUCUCGCACAGAUCCAACCUCCUCUAUAAGGACCCCUGUUAUCGCCGGAGGUAUUUUUGUCAUUGACAAAUCGUGGUUCAACCAGCUGGGGAAGUAUGACACUCAAAUGGACAUCUGGGGAGGAGAGAACUUUGAACUAUCCUUCCGUGUGUGGAUGUGCGGUGGCAGCUUGGAAAUUGUGCCCUGCAGCCGAGUCGGUCACGUUUUCAGGAAACGGCACCCAUAUGAGUUCCCUGAUGGAAAUGCACUGACCUACAUUAAGAACACCAAGCGCACAGUGGAGGUGUGGAUGGAUGAAUACAAGCAGUACUAUUACCAGGCACGUCCUUCUGCCAUUGGAAAAUCCUAUGGGAGUGUGGCAGACCGAGCUGAACUGCGUAAGAAACUUAGUUGCAAGUCUUUCCAGUGGUACCUGCAGAAUGUCUACCCUGAAUUAAAGGUUCCCGAAAAGGAGGUGAUUUCUGGUCUUAUCAAGCAGGGAGGAAACUGCCUGGAGUCACAGACACGGGACACAACUGGGAAUAAUCCUAUUAUGCUGACACAGUGUAAGAGGUCUGCAAACAGUGCGCCAGCUGCACAGGAAUGGGCACUGAGUGACAAUGUAAUAAGGCAACAGGACAAAUGUCUGACCAUCUCUUCUUUUUCUACUGGGGCCCUUGUUAUGAUGGAACCUUGCAACCAAAAAGACAGCAGACAGAAAUGGAAGUUAAAAGGACACUUCCUGCAGCACAUCGGCAGUGCCCUCUGCUUGGACACCCAUUCGACCAGAGCUCUUAUUAACCCGUGCCAAUCAGAUUUGCUGAGCCAGCAGUGGGAGAUACUUCAGGCUACAUGAGGAACUGUAGAAUCCACUGAUAUCCUGCUUUAUUUUCGUCAUAGAGCAGAGAUCUGCUGGUUGAUUUUAUAGACCAAAAGGUUCAGAACAUUCCGACCUGACCAGCCGGCACCUCCAGUUUACCAAGAGUGACAUUGUCAUCAUGUGUCGUCUGGAUGCUUUCGGGUGGCCCUCAUGAAGUCCCCAGAACCUAUCCGAUCCAUUGACUUAUUUUAUGGUAUUAAAACCCUCUUUCUAUGUGCAGACAUUUACAAAUCUCCUACUGCGAAAUGCAGCUUUUUUUAAAGUCCUGACCAAUAAGGCGUGCUAAGAACACAAUCAGUUGUAUAUGUUUAAAUUUAGAUCCAAAACCCACAGAGCAAUUUGAUCGUGUUAUAGACUUUCUGACCAGUACAGUUAUGCUUUACAGCCUUUAGUGCUAUAUGAGCUGCUUUAAGACCUGACAUAUUGAGCUUUUCUGCAACAUUCUACCAGUUUAACUGAGGCCUUUUCACAAGUCAAGCAUCUUUCUAAUAGCCCUGCAACAUAGUGAUUUAUUUGAUAUGCUUGUGCUUGAGAGUAGUGCCUGUUUGAGGUCUCGUAAACCUUUCUGCUCCCUGUUACAUGGCUUUUGCAGACCUAGGCCUUUAAAAUAAGACAGUGUAAAAUCAAGGCCAAGGGAAGUGAUGCUUAGCGUCUUUCAUGCACCAAGUUAUUUAUAAUUGUCACAGGCACACAAGAGAGUUUUUUCAGUAUACUCCAUCAGUGUCCUCUGCCAACUCCAUCAGUAUCUUCUUGCAAGUGCUGCUCCUUGUAGGCUUCUCUGGCAUAACUGUACUGUUAGAAAGUUCUUUGCAGAUAUUGCCCUUUUGACAUGUACUGUGCAUGUUACAUCUCACUUCUGCAGUUUGCAGAGUGUUCUAAUGUGGAACCUUGUAUUAUAUAGUGUUCUGAGACAUGUAGGCCCUCAGCAGUAUCUUUCUGCUAUCCAGUUCACCAGCAUUACAAGCUUCUCAGACAAAAAGGCCUAAUGAACAAUGUCCCAUGGUACAACACAGCAUGUAUGAGGCGCCUCUGACACUUGCAUGCGACUAGCUCUUCUGACGUUGCUCUGUGAAUGUUGCAAGUCUGCCCCCCCCAAUCUGCUGCUCUAAAGCCACAUCUCUUCUUUCUUUGUGAUCCUAUGUUUCUUUUCAAGAACCUACAUUGUACUGGACAAAGAACAAGACUGUACAACUUUUUGUUUCGCUGCACAAUGUAUAUGGCUUGCCACAUCAUUAUGAAAUAAUUUAUUGGUA